AUGGAAACACCCUUUCUCAGAACCAGCUUGAACAGCCCAAUUAUUAUCACAACUGACUCAAGUUUGAAAGGCUCAACACCGCUCCCAGCCUCGAAGACCAAACUGCAAGGAGAGCCAUCUUCAUCUGCUAUGAAGUUCAGCGACAGUGCGUUGUAUGAGCUUGAUCCUGAUGGAGACGUGACACUCUAUACAGUAAAUUCUCCAUUGGUGAGGUUCAAUAAAGAAGACAAACGUAAGGAUGAAGGUGGAAAAGACGAAGCUUACGAGCACGGUGCGAGUCCAAAUGUUACCAGCAACGACGAUGAAACCAUGACCGACAAAUUGAAAUGUCCUGAUCGAUUUCUGGUCUCCUCAAAGCAUCUCAAAUUGGCAUCUUCCUUUUUCAAAGCCAUGCUCUCAAAUAGCUGGGCCGAGGGAAGAGCUCUGACCACGAAUGGAACAGUCGAGAUCCCCGUCACCGACGUCAAACCCGAAACUCUGAUGACAAGUCUAAAUGCUAUUCAUGGAAGGUUUCGCAGACUUCCUUUGAAAAUGACGCUACAGGAGCUUGUUGAUGUCUUGGUCUUUACAGACUUUUUUAAGUGCCAUGAGGCUAUUGAGCUGUUUGCCAAUGAGUGA